AUGAAUGCUCACAAGCGUUUGGGUGGUGUAACUGAGAACAUUUUUAACCUGUCACUAGAGGGACAUAAUAUACAGAAAAGACAGCCUUUGGGGAAGGAAGAGGAAGCCCUUGGGGCCGCCUUGAAGCCGCUGGUGUUCCGAGUGGAUGAAACUACACCCAGAGUUGUACAGAGUGUCCUUCUGGAGCGUGGGUGGGACCAAUUUGACGAGCAGCAACAGGAUGUGGAGGACUGGAAUCUGUACUGGAGGGCAUCCUCCUUCCGGAUGGUAGAGCACGUCAAUGUCAAGCCCUGGCAGAGACUGAACCACCACCCAGGGACAACCACACUCACUAGGAAGGACUGCCUGGCCAAGCACCUGGCAUACAUGAGAAGGCUCUAUGGUGAGUCCCUCUAUGAGUUCACACCCCGGACAUUCAUCAUUCCCAAUGACUACACCAAGUUUGUAGCUGAGUACUUCAAGGAGAAGCAGGUGCUGGGUACCAAACCUACCUACUGGAUCUGCAAGCCAGCAGAGCUGUCACGUGGGAGGGGGAUAAUCAUUUUCAGUGACAUUCGAGAUCUCAACUUCAACGGCACGUACGUCGUGCAGAAAUACAUCUGCAACCCUUUACUUGUGGGUAGAUACAAGUGUGACCUCCGCAUCUACGUCUGCAUCACUGGCUUCAAGCCUUUGACUAUUUAUGUGUACAAGGAAGGGUUAGUGCGGUUUGCCACUGAAAAGUUUGACCUCCAUAAUUUGCAAGACUCUUACGCCCAUCUGACCAACAGUAGCAUUAACAAAUCUGGGGCCUCGUAUAAGAAGAUCAAAGAGGUGGUGGGUCAAGGCUGCAAGUGGACCCUCAGCCGGUUCUUCUCUUACCUUCGGAAUGGGGAUGUGGAUGACCUGCUGUUGUGGCAGAAGAUCAAACACAUGGUGAUCCUCACCGUCCUGGCCGUGGCUCCGUCAGUCCCUGUUGCCUACAACUGCUUUGAGCUUUUCGGGUUCGACAUCCUUAUUGAUGAAAACCUGAAACCAUGGCUCCUAGAAGUCAACUACAGCCCUGCUUUGUCCCUGGACUGUUCCACAGAUGUCUCUGUGAAGAGAAGUCUUGUCCAUGAUGUUAUUGAACUGAUUCACUUAAACGGCCUAAGAAGGGAGGAGAAAAAGUGCAGCAGAGCUUCUCCAGGGAACCCCAAGGGCAAACAGCUUGAGCUCUACACAGCCCCUGCUUCCCCUCCCUAUGUGUCUCUCAUACGGUUUACAAGCAGGAUGUGCAGUAAAACCAACCCUGUUGUGCAGAGAGUCGUCAACGUGUAUCCCAAGCACACACGCACCUCCCAGCUGAGAGAAAUGAUGAACAAGCAGCGCAUGCUUCUAACAAGAGAAGGCGCCCAAAGCAAGCCAAAGCUGAAGGCUUGCCAUACGACGCGCAAGGCGCUCUCUCCUUAUACACCUGUAGCUCAGUCACAGCCCCACAGGAUGAAGGGGCCCGUGGGCAUCCUUCCAGAAACCGGCUAUGUACCAGAUGACCAUGCAGGCAACUUUGUUCUCAUUUUUCCAUUCAAUGAGGCUACUUUUGGAGCCUCCAGGAAUGGAUUAAAUGUCAAAAGAAUAAUUCAAGAGCUCCAGAAACUAAUGAAUAAAUAA